UUUCCGGGCCAGUUGUAGGUAACCCUCGCGCGUUGCGACAUUGAAACCAAUCCUUUUUGACUAAGCGAUUAGCAGAUCGUCAGCAUACCGGCGGCCAAUCAAUCCAUAUAUGGACUGAGGCAAAGGAAUUGUAGCAUGCCUUUGUUCCGAUUGCUGCAACUUUAGGCAGCCCUUAUCUGUAUCACACAGCCAGGAACUACAUAUGCCUACUUUCGGCGGCCUCUCGCUCUGCUACAGAAAUUUAUUCCUACUACAGUCCCAAGUGAGUGCUAUCACCGCACACAUCUUUCCCCCAGAGUACGCGAAAAAGGAAGAGCAGAGGCAGGAUAACAGCAUGGCUGUGAAAUGCACCAAUAUAUAUUACGCGUACUGCACAAAACAAAUAAGGCGUACACACUGCGUAAUCGCACGCGAAACCCUCUAUAGUUUUCUGUCUCCUGAUAAUAUCUCAUUCACAGAAUCACCAAGUUCUAAGAGGCUCCCCCUUGCAGUCAAUCUUGCCUCUGUCUCUUAGUCUCCACCUUAUAGAUCAGAAAUAGGUCAAACUAGUAUUGGGAUGAACCAAGACCAAGACGUUAUAGC